GCUAAAUCUGAAAAUGAAUGAGUGAAAAACACGCGAACACGCUUAGGGCAAAUCGCGACUAAAGUUAAAGAAGAAUAAGUUCUUUUCUUCAAACUUCGCUCGGUCGGUCAAAGGAUUUUAUUGUCGACUGCAAGCUCGCGGACUGAGAGACCAUGACUGAGGAAACAGCUAGUGGAGCCCCAGAUAAAGGGGCUCCAGAAGAAGGGGUCCAGCCGAGGGGGAAAUGGGCCAACAACAUGGAAUUCAUACUCUCCAUGGCUGGGGAAAUCAUUGGCCUUGGGAACGUUUGGCGCUUCCCCUAUCUGUGCUUCAAGAAUGGAGGAGGUGUUUUCUUCAUCCCUUACUUUUUGUUCCUCUUCUUCUGUGGCAUCCCCGUGUUCUUCCUAGAGACCGCGUUGGGCCAGUACACCAGUGAGGGCGGGGUCACCGCCUGGAGGAAGAUAUGCCCCAUGUUUGAGGGGGUGGGGAUUGCGUCCCAAGUGAUCGUGAUCUAUCUAAACAUCUACUACAUUGUGGUGUUGGCCUGGGCUAUCUUUUACCUGAUUAACUCCUUCAAAAGUCCUCUGCCCUGGUCCACAUGUGACAACUGGUGGAACACUGAGAUAUGUCAAAGCCGCUUUGGCAUCUUUGGGAACCCCAGUUUGUUUCACUCCAACUGGUCAUUCCUAAACAACAUCACUUCAGUUGACUACUCUGAGAACCUCGGUUACUACAAUGAAACGGACCAAUUCAUGAUUGCCAAGUCACCGGAACAGGAGUUUUGGUUUAACCGUGUGUUAAGAAUGUCAGAUGACAUGUCCCUGGGUAAGGUACACUGGGACCUAGCUCUGUGUCUCCUGCUUGCCUGGGUCAUAUGUUACUUCUGCGUCUGGAAGGGAAUCAAAUCCACAGGAAAGGUGGUGUACUUCACAGCUACAUUCCCCUACCUGAUGCUGUUCAUUCUCUUCUUCCGUGGAGUGACACUCCCAGGAGCUGCGGAGGGCCUGAGAUAUUACCUCACCCCUGACUUCAGCAAGCUUGCUGAGCCAAAUGUAUGGCGUGAUGCAGGGACUCAGGUGUUCUUCUCAUAUGCUGUGUGUCAGGGAGUACUGACCGCUCUGGGAAGCUACAACAAAUACAACAACAACUGCUACAGGGAUUGCUUGGCGCUGUGUUGUCUGAACAGUGCCACCAGUAUCUUUGCUGGUUUUGUUGUCUUCUCGGUGCUGGGAUUCAUGGCUUAUGACCUGGGCAUAUCGAUGGAGGAAGUUGCUACUGGGGGUCCUGGUCUGGCCUUCAUAGUCUAUCCUAGGGCUCUGUCGUUGCUGCCUGGCUCAUCUUUUUGGGCUGUGCUCUUCUUCCUCAUGGUCCUGUUCUUGGGCCUAGACAGUCAGUUUGUAUGUGUGGAGAGCCUGGCCACAGCCAUCACAGACCUGUUCCCACGUCACCUGAGAAGGCCUGGAGCGAGAAAGAUACUGGUCCUGGGCAUUGCUGUCAUUUGCUUCCUACUGGGGCUGCCACUCAUCACUGAGGGAGGGAUAUUCCUCUUCCAUCUGAUUGACAGCCACGGUCCAAGCGGAACCAGUCUCCUCAUCAUUGCCUGUUUUGAGACUGUUGUCAUUGCCUGGGUGUAUGGUGCGGACCGUUUCUAUGACAACAUUGAGGACAUGCUUGGGUACCCGCCAAACUAUGUGCUGAAGUACUGCUGGUUGUUCUUCACGCCACUCAUCUGCAUGCUCACAGUGCUGUACAACCUGGCAGACUUAAAUUCUCCUGUGUUGUAUGGUUACGAACUUGACACCUGGGGCACCACGCUGAGCACUCUUCUUGUUGCCACUCCACUGCUUUGCAUCCCAGCCUUCGUUUUGGUCUCACUGUGGAGGAAUCCCAAAAACAUGACUACACCGUCCAGUGACCUGCGUCAGGCUCGGCCACACAAGCCGGUGCUCACACUGUGCAAGCACGUCAUCUUCAAGGCGCAGGGGCCGCCGAGCUUCAGUGUGGACGAAAGAAACGACAAGAUUAUGAUGGAGGAUACCAGCGGGGUUUGAUAUGGUUAUUAGUGUUACUUACAGACCUGCAACAAACAUUGCGUUAAUGAAUUUUAAAAAUCUGUGACUACAAAAGCGCACUUCAAUCAUAUGCGAAGUUUGCAAAUGUUUACACAUUUCAUGAGUCAGGGAAAAUUUUUUAGUACGUUAGUCUUCACCUUACUAAUUUUUAUAAUAAAUAAAAAAGAAAAAAAUCAAAUAAUGUACAUACACAUACUGUAAUUGGCUUAUAACAGUAAUCCAGUGAUUUAGCACUGCACUGCAAAAUUGAUGAACCAGAGCCAAAAAAAUUGCCUUUUUUAUUCCGAGCGUUCUUUUUUCUUGUCAAAACCUGACGUCUACAUCACCCACAACUCAGCUCAACUGCCGACAGUUUGGUGGGGGAUUCGGUUGUCUAGUAAAGCCUUAGGUAGCCUUGAGCCGCAACCCUCAAGCAGAAAUGAGGAGUGGGCUACAGGGGGCUGGUAAGCUCACUUCUCCCAAACGGCUUCAUACAACCUUUUUGAUAUAUGCAGCAGCACUCUCCAAGACCUGUGAAAGGACUUUGAUGUGUAAAAUUGAUGGCGUUUCCCUUUAAAACACCAAUAUGUUCAUGCAUCUAGAACAUCAGAGUUAUUACGAUAUUUUAAUUGCAAUUCUAGUUUGUAGUAGCUAUUUGUCAUCAAACCAAAGCAGCCAAAACUACAAUGUUAAUCUCCAUUAAUGCAAAAUUUGAAUGUGAGUGGCUGAAUUCGGUUAUUUUACAGCAAUGUUACCAUGAACGAAAGCAUGUACACUGCACAACUCACUUCUUUUGUUAUUAUGAUAAAUAGUGUGUUUAUUAAUCGCGUAUCUUCAUUGUAUACAACCAAAAUGAACAGAUUUCUUUUUGAGAAUAUGCACAAUAUCUUCCCUUCAUUAUGUGUCUAUACCAUGUGCAGAUGGUGGAACUUUACUUUAUGUCUCUAUGGUAAAUACCCUGGUGCAAUGUUUGUCCUUUGACUCUGUCCAUAUUGAUUUCUGAUCAGAAAGGAUAAACAUUCAAUAAAAGUCCAGGAAGAUCAGCCUGUCAGUUCAGUGAAUGGAUUCAUGUUUCCUGUUCUGUAGCACAAAAACAAAAAUAUUCC